CAACUCUGUUCUAGCACUCAUCUCGUUCAUUGGCCUCGCUGCAUCCACCUGUUCUUUCUGAUCAAGUUCCCAUACCUAUGAGUGUUGACUUUGCCACGCAGGGUUUACCUUCACUGUCUGAGGCGUCCACGAGUUCCAUUUCAAAUCUGAAACGUAGAGCAUCUUCCAGUUUCGAGACCAUGGAGGAUUCUUCGAGCAGGAAACGACUGAAGGAGGACAACGAUGUGGCCAACGACUCGUGCUCGUCUGAGGAAGAUCAAAUUGUUGACGGCCAAGCUCUAGCCGACGAUCUCGAACAGGAGUUACAAUGUGGGUGCUGCUCCGCACUGGUCUACCGUCCUGUCAUUGUAUCGCCCUGUCAACAUUUCUUCUGUGGAAGUUGUCUGGUUCUAUGGGUACGCAAUGGUGGUACAAAUUGCCCUGCAUGUCGUGGUGUAUCGAUGGCGGUGAUGCCUUCGCGUGCCUUACAAACCAUGGUAGAUGUCCUUGUUCGCUCCGCGCCUUGGAAGGCGCGUCCGAUUAAUGAGAGGAUACAAGCAGAUGAGAUUUACCGUGCAGGUCUAUCUGUGAGGAUCCCCACGCCACGCGCCGCGUCUCCUGAACCUGCCAUACCCCAGAGCAACAACAAUAACUAUGUACUUCCGUGUCCGCUUUGUCUUCCAGGAAACCAGUGGGGAUGGAGAUGCCCUCAACCCAUCGCAGAUCCUGAAAGUGAUCCUGACAACGCCUGGUUGUCUGAGAACGGUACACCUCCCGGACACGCGUUCUGCGGUAAUUGUGAGAACAUUCUAUCAAUCCAUGCGCCUACGACGUCGAAAUGCGAUUUCUGUCAAGUGUCAUUCUGUGGCAUUGCUAUCCCUGGUCGUUGUGUAGCAGCACCCUUGCCUGUACAACAUCCCCAUGCGAUGACUGAUCUCGGUGACUUGAUCCAAUGCGGCGAACUCUAUGAGGCCUUCGACUAUAACACAGUGGAGGUGGAUAUCAUGCUCGACUAUCUCACAGCGCAGGGUCUUACACCGAGGCAUAUCUACAAGGACAUCAUUGCCAUGAUUCUUCGCUCUCCCAGACAGUUUGGCCCUCUCUUCGAUGCCGACCUUUUCUCGGAUAUGCACGCUGUAGCAGGAGGUGUCGACCCAGAUCCAACUGCCCCGCGUAAUAGAAUAUGCCGCAUGUGUGCAGCAGAAGUACUUCUCUGGGGUCUCAAAGCUUGGUGGAUCCUCGAACGCAAGAAGGGGUUCUUGGAACAACAUAUCAUGACUCGCCCAGAUUGCCCGGAAGGUUCUGACUGCCCCAGACAAAAGGACCAAACUCAUGCCAAAGAAUUCAAUCAUAUUAUUGUGCCAAUGGAACCUCCCGCCUCUGGCCCAUCGAACGAUCAACAAGAUAUCCCUGUUCCUCCUGAAGAGCCUUUUAUCGAGUCUAAUGAUGAACCAAGUGACGAUGACAUUGACCAACGCGUACCACCACACGCAGAUCGUGCUUCCCCUGUUGUGAUACAAGCCCCACUCCCGCCAAUAGCCCAAAGGAUCCAUGUAUCCGAAGGAGAACUCGUGUUCCCUCCCCCUAAUGUCAUACAUAUGGCUGGCAAUCCGUACGAGAACGCGGGGGCUUACGCUUCGCAACCAAUGUUGUCAUCCCAGGACCAAGUCGACGCAUUGCUCUGAAGCUCUCAACUUCAUCUCAAUCAGCCGGUCUCAAGUCUCUUUAUCCCCUGUCUGUAUUCUCGCAUGGAUUAUCGGUUUAUGAUUUCGGAUGAUUCUGCACGUUGCUUCUGUCUCUUCAUUUCCUGUCGUCACAUUCAUUUGCUUCUGUGUACUGUACAUGGCCAUUCCCGCUUUGAAUUCAACACCUUUUUACCGUAAUCUCCACUAUUGUGUAGAACAUAAGGGUUUUGAUUUUAUUUUUACUACGUAACAUCGAACCCUCCUCCAUACAUACAGGCAUAAGCACAAUAUACGAAUCUAUACAGGAUU